AAAAAAAAAAAAAAAAGGAAAAGAGAGGGAGCAAAAGCAAACCCUAAAUCGCUUGCUCUCGAAAUCAGAAAAUCUGUUGUUUCAGUGUUUGAAGCAAAGGUAAAUAAUAACAGUACGGGUUCUUUAGAGUCUAGGUCAAUGGUUCGUGGAUCAAUUGUUCAAAUAUCAAGUGUACGGGUUCUUUAGAGUCUAGGAAUUCACUCGUAUAGUAACUGUGGUUGAUCGGUCUUGAAUUUGUUGAUUAGGGACUUUUAUGUGCAGGCUAGGGUUUAAUUAGGGUUUCAUAGAUUGUUCAAUUCAAACUUGUUAUGAAUUUUCCUGUCUUUUGAUUUAUUUAUUAAGAAUUGUGUUUUUGGUUUUUGUCGGUGAUGUUGUUUCUUUGCAAGGAUGGCACAUAGCUUGAGUCAACAACACGAAGGCUGUGAAAAAGGGGAACCUUCUUACGAUGGCUUGGAUGAUGAUACAGCUUACUGCUAUGGGCUAAAUUGUUUUAAAUUGCGUAGGCUUCCAGCUCCAAGACCUGGAGAGCUCCUAGCAUUGGUUGGAAUUCACCGCACCGGCAAAACAACUGCUCUUAAAGUUUUGGCUGGGCUACUCAAACCGAAUCUUGGCCGCUUCAAUGCUCCUCCGGAGUGGCCAGAUAUUUUGUCUCACUGUGAUGAUCGAGAUCUUAAAAACUACUUUACCCACUUUAUUGAAAAAAAACCAAAGGUGGCUUUUAAGGCACAACAUUUCGAUGACCUAAGAGUCUCUGAUCUUGAUGUCGGGAAGAUGCUUGUUGACCAGAGAGGUAUGAUGAAGGAGGUAUGUGAUGCUCUAGGCUUGACCAAGUACAGAGAGUUGAACAGGGAUCAGAGGCUCGACAGUUUAUCUGAUGGAAUGCUGCAAAGGGUUUCUAUCGCUGCCACUGCCUUGCAGAAAGCGGAUAUAUACAUAUUCGACGAGCCAUCAAAUUUCCUCGAUGUGACUCAGAGAUUCAAGGCUGCACAAGUUAUACGUUCUCUCAUAAACCCCGACACCUACGUGAUUGUUGUGGAUAACGACCUUAGUUUCAUUGACUAUAUCUCGGAUGAGAUUCACUGUUUGUAUGGGGAACCAGGAAAAUACGGCGUCUUUACUCGUCUGGCCUACAAUGUCAGUGCAGGAAUCGAAAUUUACUUGGAUGGGUUUGACACCCGAGAAAACCAGCCUCUAAGGCGUGGUAAAUCUCUCAUCUUUAAGCCUGGUAAGAUGUCCGCAGAUGGCGGCAGUUUCGAGCCACCCUGUUAUCCCGACUUGACUUUAACUCGUGAGAGCUUUAAGCUGCAAGUGGCAGGAGCGGAAUUGAAAGACGCUCAGAUAUAUCUAGUUCUUGGAGCCAACGGUACAAAGAAGACCACCUUCAUCCGACUGCUGGCCGGUACGUUUCGGCCUCUAGCUGUAGAGUCACAAGGUGGAAAACUGUGGAGGUCUAUGUUUAUGAAGUCAUACAAACCGCAAAACCUUAACACGGAGUCUACAAGAAUAGUCAGACAAGUGCUAAGCCCGUUUCCUAUCGAUGGUAUGCAUCCUCAGUUUAAAGAGGAUGUGCUAGAAGCGCUUCAGAUUAUGCCGCUGUUGGAUCGCCAAGUGGGCUCACUCUCGCCUGGAGAGAUGCAGAAGCUUGCCAUAGCUUGCUGCCUGGCUACGCCCGCGGAUGUGCACCUGUUCGAUGAGCCAAGUGAACACCUGGACUCGGAUGAGCGAAUCAUCGCUGCAAUGGCCAUAAGGCGGCACGUUUCACGCACGUUGAGAGCUGCGGUUAUUGUGGAGCAUGAUUUUAUGAUGGCAACUUAUUUGGCAGACCAAGUCAUUUUGGUUGAAGAAAGGCAGACCAAGCCAUCAACAACCGAGUCUGUUACUCCUAAUUCCUCAACAACCGAGUUUGCUGUUUCUUCUCCAUACCCAUUUGUCGAAGGGAUGAACAAGUUCUUGUCGCAUCAGAAUGUCACAUUCCGACGGGAUCCGCUCAGCUUCCAGUUCGUACCAAGGGCCAACAAAUUAGGAUCGUUCGAGGAUUGGGAUCAAAAGCGUAAAGGCAAUUACUAUGUCCCGAACUGGAGGGUCAGUGCACAGGAUGUGUUGAACGCUAGACAGCAUUAGAGGAGGUUUAUCCCCAGACAGACAACACUCCUUGGGUCUGUCUCUUUGUUAAUUUAUGGCGUCUUUUUCUGACUCUUUCUAAGUGUCUUGUGUUGCUUUACCUUUUCGGACUCUUUCUAAGUGUCUUGUGUUGCUUUACCUACGUUUAUGGUGUCUUUGUCAAUUUAGGGUGUCUUUUCUGACUCUUUCUUUCUAAGUGUCUUCUGUUACGCAUCAUAAAAUACGGUAGAACGAUAUGUCAUUCCUUAUUACAUAUGGCUAAGCUUUCCAGUUCA